CUUCGGCACUCCAUUACGUUAUCCAGUCCUCUUCAAUUUAGCCCUACUUUGCAAACGUAACCAACUCAUCCCCCUUCAUCCUCCAUAGCUCCCUCUCCCUCAUUCUCUCUUCAUAUUAAUAAUCCCAAUCCCUAAUUUCACCGUCUGCUCCAAACCCCAAUUUUUCCCUUCACUUCCAUAACCAGCCCUCACAAUCCCCGCCAACUCUCCGAUCUCCGACUCUCUCUCGAUUUCCCACGAUCAAAAUUUUGACACCACCAGAACUCCGAGAAUUUUCGUCCGUUUAAUUUAUCUUUUAAUUUUUGAUAUAUAAUAUUGUUUGGUUUCCGUUCAUCAAAGGCUCGAAACCCUAAUUGUAAACAAAGUUUAGCUUAUUCAAUUUUCGCGAUAAUAGAGUAUUGCAAAUUUGUGAAUUGAAAAACCGCCAGGCUUCACACGCAUUUUCUCGGUUCCCGCAUAGUUUGGCUGAUCUCGAGUUGUUGAAACAGAGAUGGUUGGCGGUGGAAGCAGGAGAGACGAGGGCUCGCUGGUCAUCAACAACACCAACGUGUUCGCGGCGCUUGAGACUCUGAGGAAGAAGAAGAAGUCCGAUAAGGAUCGCAAGAGCAAAGGGUCCUCCAAGUCUGCCCAGUCGGCCCAGCCCAAGGCGCCCGAGGCCCAGGUUUUUUGGGCUCCGGCUCCCUUGAACGCGAAAUCGUGGGCCGAUGUGGAUGACGAAGAUGAUGAUGACUAUUACGCCACAACGGCUCCGCCUCAAUCCGUUUGGGGACCUUCGGAGCCCCAGCAGAAUAAGGACAGGCCAAAUGUAGAGGAUAGUGAGAGUGAAGAAGAUAUUCUUGAUGAAGGUGAUGAUGAUGUAGAGGAAGAGCAUGAUAAUGAACCAGAGGUGCCAGUAAACCCUGAGCCAGUGCUGAAGAAGCCUGCUGAUGUUCCUGCGCCACCUAAGGAGGCAGAAAGGCAACUUUCAAAAAAGGAAAAAAAGAAAAAGGAACUUGCAGAACUUGAGGCCCUUCUGGCUGAUUUUGGAGUUACUCAAAAGGAGAGUGAUAGUCAAGAUGAAUCACGUGGUGCUGCACAAGAGAAGGAUAGUGCGCUGAAUGGAGAUGGAGAAAAGAAGGAAAAUCAGCCCGCAGAGUCCAAGAGCGCCAAGAAGAAGAAAAAGAAAGAUAAAGCUUCCAAGGAGGUGAAAGAAUCUCAGGACCAACCAAACAACUCAGGGGCAACUAAUGGACAGGGUGAAGUUACUGCAGCUGAACAAACAGAGGAGGAUACAUCAAAUGUUGAUGUGAAGGAGAGAUUAAAGAAGGUUGUAACUGCGAAGAAGAAGAAAUCUAGUAAAGAGAUGGAUGCUGCUGCGAAAGCAGCUUCUCAAGAGGCUGCUGCUAGGAGAGCACGGCUUGCUGCAGCUAAGAAGAAAGAGAAGAACCAUUACAACCAGCAGCCCGUGCGGUAAAAGCCCAGUUUCGUUCAACAUCUUAUAUAUGAACAUGUAAUUUCUCUUUGUUCAUAUGACCAAAGUUGUGCGAAAUAAAGAGUGGGUAUGGUGCUGGUUUUGUGAAAGAUGACCUUUAAUUUCAUUGUGGUGGACUAAUAGGAAGUUUCCGUUUCACUGUUCUCGAUCAUUUUUUUGCUCAGUUGUCAUGGGACGUAUGAAUCAGCCAGUUUUGCUCAUUGGAUAUUAUUCCCUGAAAAGUCGUUAACUUGAUAGCUCUCUGUAUUUUAGUUCUUCCUCCAUUUCUCUGUUACGAACUUAUUGUGUAUGAAUGGACACAAUGAGAAAUUAUUGCAUUCUAAUGGAGUGAGUUUUCCUCUUGAACUGAAACCC